CUUCUCCUCGCACUUUGGAUUGAAUUGGAUUGGAUUGAGAAGGGUUGAAAUCGAGGAGCGAUUAACAAAAUGGCUCAAGAAUUGGGAGUUCUAAAUGCACUCGAUGUUGCAAAGACCCAAUGGUACCAUUUCACAGCGAUCAUUAUAGCGGGAAUGGGGUUCUUCACGGACGCCUACGAUCUUUUCUGCAUUGCCGUGGUUUCGAAGUUGCUCGGUCGGAUAUACUACUACUCGCCUGGCUCUGCUCGACCCGGCUCGCUUCCUCCUAAUGUCUCGGCUGCUGUUAGCGGGGUCGCGCUCUGUGGAACUCUGGCCGGGCAGCUGUUCUUUGGGUGGCUUGGUGACAAGUUGGGUAGGAAGAAAGUGUAUGGUAUUACUUUGAUUCUCAUGGUGCUUUGCUCGUUUGGGUCAGGGCUUAGCUUUGGGCACUCUGCCAAAGCAACUAUGACCACUUUGUGCCUAUUCCGCUUCUGGCUUGGCUUUGGGAUUGGCGGUGAUUACCCACUUUCCGCUACUAUUAUGUCUGAAUAUGCCAACAAGAAAACUCGUGGGGCUUUUAUAGCUGCUGUCUUUGCCAUGCAAGGAUUUGGCAUUUUGGCUGGUGGGAUCGUUGCUUUGAUUGUCGCAGCUGCAUUCAACAACAGGUUCUCAGCUCCCGCAUACGAAGUGGAUGCGGUGGGCUCAACCGUACCAGAGGCGGACUACGUAUGGCGAGUAGUUCUAAUGUUUGGAGCCAUCCCCGCUGGUAUGACAUACUACUGGCGUAUGAAAAUGCCAGAAACUGCCCGUUACACAGCUCUGGUGGCGAAGAACGCCAAGCAAGCGGCGGUGGACAUGUCAAGAGUGUUGCAAGUGGAGCUGGAGGCAGAGGAAGAGAAAUUAGAGAAAAUCGUGGCGACAAGCAAAAACAGUUUCGGGUUGUUUUCCAGAGAGUUUCUGAGACGGCAUGGGCUCCAUUUACUAGGAACCACCAGCACUUGGUUCUUAUUGGACAUCGCAUUUUACAGCCAAAACCUCUUCCAAAAAGACAUCUUUACAGCAAUUGGUUGGCUCCCUCCCGCAAAAACCAUGAGUGCUCUGGAGGAGUGCUUCAGAAUCGCCAAGGCCCAAACGCUGAUUGCGCUUUGUGGAACCGUGCCAGGGUAUUGGUUCACCGUGGCUUUAAUUGACAUCAUUGGGAGAUUCACCAUCCAAUUAAUUGGGUUCAUAAUGAUGACUAUUUUCAUGUUUGCCAUUGCAUUUCCUUACAAUCAUUGGAUUUUGAAAGAGAAUCGAAUUGGGUUUCUGGUGAUGUAUUCACUCACCUUCUUCUUCGCCAAUUUUGGGCCCAACGCCACCACUUUCAUCGUUCCAGCUGAAAUCUUCCCUGCCAGGCUGAGGUCCACGUGUCAUGGGAUCUCCGCCGCCGCGGGUAAGGCCGGAGCAAUCGUUGGGGCAUUUGGGUUCUUGUACGCAGCGCAGAAUCCGGACGCAUCCAAAACCGACCCUGGUUACCCACCGGGUUUCGGUGUUAAGAACUCUCUCAUUGCACUUGGUUGCAUCAACUUCCUCGGCGGUUUGCUCACAUUGUUGGUGCCGGAACCUAAAGGAAAAUCACUGGAGGAAUUGACCGGCGAGAACGAGGCGCCGGAGGAAGACGCCGCCGCCGCCCAACCGGGAAAUAGAGCCGGACAAGUUUGAUCUACGACUGUGAUUGGAAAUUAAACAACUCCUGUGUGACA